UUUCAACAGCCAGGUAUCGGUAUAAGGUAGAGAGGUAUCUGUUCUGUCGGUUGGUAGACCGAGUUGUACGACUAAUUUCAUCCCGAUUUUCCUCCAGUACUUAGGUUCUCAUUGCUUGCUCGUGCUUGCCCUUUCCUUUCCAGAUCUGACCGAGCACCAGAGCUACCUUCCUUACCUUACCUUGCUUUAGCUCCCACCCCUCCCUCCUCGAUCUGCAGCCCGGCUCCCUCUUCAUCCAACGUCCGGCACCUGUUCUUCUUUUUCUUCCCUCUCCAUUUCUUCUAUCCAACCUGCCUCUGUGUAGCCUCUCGCCUCUUAUUCACUUUAGCUUCCACACCAUUCUACCUAGACCGCCAUCUCUUUAUCCUCACGCAAACCCACAAGCUACCCCUUCGAGAUCGACAUCGCCCUACCUGUUUAAGUAGCCCUUCAUCGGACGGCGACUCGCUCACUCUUGCGCAUUUUCUGCACUUCUUUUGCCUUCUGGCAGCGCAACUUUUCCUUGCUUUCGUUUCAAACUGUUUCCAUUUCUUCAAGAAGUGAACACGAUAGGACCAAAACCCUUCCCCGGAUCUCUUAAACACAAAUCUCGAGUAUACCCGCAACAAUGGCUUGGGGCAAGAAAGCGCAACCGCCGCCUCCUUCGGCCUUGAGGCAAAUUAUACCCCUCAUCAUUACCCUUCUCUUCCUCGCCGGCGUAGCCUGGGUGCUUUGGCAGGUGUACCUCUCCGUGAACAAAAUCCAAGAGUCCGCCUCGGAGCGCAUGGGCAAGAAGAACGUCGUCUUCACAAAGGACGGCGUUCGCGUUGGCGUCAAGCACACCUCGAACGAGAACUACGUCGAUAAAACCCAGAGUUGGGUCGUCAAGGCUUGGAAUUUGAGCGGGAAUACUGUCGGUCAGAUCAAGAAGACCAAAUAAUGGGCGCGCAUCACCAAACAUGUUGCGAGCAAUGUCUAAGCGGGGCGGGACGUUAGGACGCAGGAAACCGAUGCGAAAAAAAAAAAACCAGGCAAUACGGUACACUGGGAGCGGGCAGCUGGUCCAGCGGUUGUUGAGAUACCCAAAAACAGGCCCUGGGAUGGUCAGUACAGUGAUGGCUAAGAGGAGAAAUGGUCAGCGGGCGCCGCCUGAGCGCCGAGCGGACAAAGGUUGGGAUGACAUCUCAACGGGACUUGUUCGAUGCAGUAGUGUCUGGCUCGGCGCAGUUGGAGAACAUGCGCCCUGCAGCUAGUCACGGCCAGAGCGCUUUUCAGUUUGAGUUUUUCGAAAGUCUUGAACGGGGUCGACGAGAUUUCCAAAGUCUCAUUUGCAAUCUAGCAUAGAUGCGCAACACGAGGAACAGAGGAUACUACCUUUCAUUCACGUAAGCUAUUCAUUCUAAGCAGGAGACAUAUGACAAGACAAGGCGAUGGACAAAUCGAUUUGGAUGCAAUUUUUAAUAAGGAAUGUGCGUGUAUACGUAGUACUGCAU